AUGGCUUAUCAGUUCACCAACAUUUUUGGCACUAGAAAGAGGGACAUGUUGCAGGAGAAUCACGCAGGAUCCCUCCCAGAGGAAGAACCAUCAACCGGUCACCCCUCUGUCGGGCCUGGAGAUCAACCCCUCCCCAUCCUCAGAGACGAGAGAAUCCCGGCCUCGAUGCCAUAUCGCUACUGGCACCUAUUCAAUGACCCAGGGUUGUCACCCCUCGGGCUUACCAUGGGACCCUCGGUCGUCUCGCCCGAAGCAUUCCUCGGCCUAACCAAGCAAGUGCAUGUGAUGGCGGGAAUGAUGCUGCAAGGACUGGAGACGUACGACGGUGGCUCCGAUCCCGCAGAGCACAUCGCCGUGUUUUGGGCUCAAAUGGCCCUCUAUGGCACCUCCGAUGCACUGAUGUGUCGGGCAUUGCUGACCACCUUUAGGGGACCGGCACGAGCGUGGUUCAACUGGCUACUCCCGUCCUUGAUCUUAUCUUUCGACCAGCUCGCCAAGGAGUUCGAGCAGAAUUUCCUUGCCAGCAUGCAUCCCAGACCUUCCAUGGCCACUUUGCUCGCGUUAUCCCAGUGCGAAAAUAAGUCGCUCUCUCAGUUCGUGGCACGCAUUUCUGAUGGGUUUGAAGCCUUCAAGGUUCUUCUAGCCAUUGAUCGAGAAGCCGCCAUCAACCAUCCCCGAGAUGCUCCAGCGCGCCAACCAGUACAUCGCCGCCGAAGCUCUGGUAGCGGGAAAGCGCAUGGGCGAGAAGAGGCCAAGGGCAGAAUAAUCCCGAGGAACGACCUCAGUAGCCCCAGGGCAACCCCGCCAGAGGCCCAACCGACAAGAGUUGCUACUCCCGAGGCCCUCGCCUCUCCCUCUAAAUGCAUCUCGUUCCACCGAGACUACAACCAUGACAUGGAAGACUAUCGUGACCUCCAGAAUCAAAUCGAGGACCUGAUCCGAAGAGGUCACCUCAGGUGCUAUCUCAAGGAACCUCGGGAAGCAACUCCGUGCCCUAGGGGACCCGCCGAAAGGCAGAUCGACGUCAUCUCUGGAGGACCGGCUACCGACGGCAGCAACUCCACGGCAAGGAAGGCCUAUGCUUGGAGCACGGUCGAGAAACGUCCCCGACCCGAGCUCGAGCCCGAAAUCACUUUCGGAGCUGAAGAGGUUAAGCGCUCCCAUCACAAUGAUGCUCUGGCGAUCUCCAUCCGGAUGGCCAACGCUUGGGUCAAAAGAGUAAUGGCCGACACCUUGACGCCUUCAAGAAGCUCGGCUUAA